AUGGAUGACAAGUACCCAUGGAUCACUCGAGAAGCUUUGGUUGACAAGGGCGAGUUUCACAAACAGCAUCGCGAUUUAUCCGUGAAGUACAUCAAGGAUACAUAUCCAGAGGUCGUCUCUCACCAAUACAGGGCAUACCAACUACCUGAAAUGGACAGGUUCCGUAGCACGGAACCUCUCAGGUUCGACUUUGGGAAGCCUCUCUUCCGUUGGAGUGACACAUCGCGUGAGCCUGUUGAUACCGAAAAGGUGCUCCCAACGGUCAAAAUUGUCAAGGCUCUCGUGAUUCGCCGGCAGUUCUACCGAAACAUUUCUUCCAGCGCCCUUGCCAAGCUUCUUCGGGAGAGUUUCCCCCGCCUGCAGAUGUUCCGCGAUGAGCGAUGGCUAGCUUCCAACUACUUCAGUGAGAGGUUGUGCUCCCCUGAAACUGUCAUUGAUGCCCUUCCAGCAAAGCUCAGGCGACUUCACAUCUACAAAGACGCGGACUCUGAUUUCAGCUUGCCACGAGUUCGUACUAUGGCAGGUGCAGAGUCGAUGCGGAGACUCGCACUGAUGUCGGAGCUUAAAGAGCUAUCUAUUGCUCCAGAUACCGAUGGUUGGGGUUUUCUAUUGGAUUUCUUUCCAAUGCUCCGACAGGGUCCCCUCGAUCAGCUUCCUUUGUUCAAGCUUCGUCGCCUGGCUUUCGAUUGCGAAAUUCUCAGGGAACCUCAGGCGCCAUGGGAGAUGUUCGUCUUAGUCACGACACUCCGUGCGGCAGCAGCUGCGGCAUCACGUAUGCCCCAACUGAAGACCAUGGAGCUGUGGAAAGCGACCCCGUCAUCAGCCGCCUUGUUUCGCUAUUCAACCAAAAACUUUGAGCCCAAGAUCACAUGGCGGACAAACUGGAAGCGUGCAAGAGGUGACCAUUUAUGGCAGGGAGAGUUGAGGGAAGAUUAG